AUGGCAUCAAUGCUAGUGCUGCUGUUCCUGGCUGCUGUACUGCCCCCAUCCCUUCUUCAAAAUGACUAUGAGAAUAAUGAUCUUGAGGAUUUGUCAACCACAAGAGCAUCAGUCCAAGAAGAGAUUGUAGAAAAGCACAACCAAUUGAGACGAAAGGUUUCUCCAUCUGCUAGUGACUUACUAAAAAUGGAAUGGAACCAUGAUGUUCAAGUGAAUGCUCAAGAGUGGGCAGACAAGUGCAUGUACAGUCACAGUCCUAUAGAACUCAGGACAACCAACCUAAAAUGUGGUGAGAAUUUGUUCAUGUCAAGUUACCUUGCACCAUGGUCUUCUGUAAUUCAAGACUGGUAUGAUGAAGUCAAUGAUUUUGACUAUGGUAUAGGCCCAAAGGAACGUGGUAGUAUAGUUGGACACUAUACUCAGGUUGUUUGGAAUUCAACUUUCCAAGUUGCAUGUGGAGUUGCUGAAUGCCCUGAAAAUCCAUUGAAAUUCUACUAUGUUUGUCAGUAUUGUCCUGCUGGGAAUUAUGUAGGAAGACUAUAUACACCUUACACAGAAGGAGAACCUUGUGCCAGUUGUCCUAAUGACUGUGAAGAUGGGCUGUGCACCAAUAGUUGUGGAGAACAAGAUGUAUAUUCUAACUGUAAAAAUCUGAAGAAGAUGCUAACCUGUGAUGAUCAAAUUCUUAAAGAAGGUUGCAAAGCUACCUGCCUCUGUGAAGGCAAAAUUCAUUAA